GGUGCUGCCAGUCUGGUUACGCGGGACGGGGCGCGGUUCAGGGCGGGAGGCAGAACUGGCAGCACCACCCCUUCCCCGGAUCCCGGACACGGUGGCUGCCGGAACCAGAGGAGCCCCGAAUCCAGCCCGGAGCCUGCACACUCCUACAACUGUCCUCCACCUCAGUACCUCACCGCAGCCAUGUGCUCCAAUGGCCGCUCCCUGCUGCCUCCUCUCUACCCUCCCUCCUUCUCUAGUUUUCCCGGUGCCCCCUUUGCCGUCCCCACUGGGCUACGCAGCCUGGCAGCCGCUGCCCCCUCCGGAGGUGCUAAGAUGACACACCCGGGCAAAGCCAUUCUAGCAGGAGGGAUUGCAGGUGGUAUAGAGAUCUGCAUCACAUUUCCCACAGAGUACGUGAAGACCCAGCUGCAACUAGAUGAGAGGGCAAACCCACCAAGAUACCGAGGAAUAGGGGAUUGUGUGAAGCAGACCGUGCAGGGCCAUGGCGUGAAGGGGCUUUACCGGGGGCUCAGUUCACUGCUGUAUGGCUCCAUUCCAAAGGCAGCAGUCAGAUUUGGCAUGUUCGAGUUUCUCAGUAAUAAAAUGCGGGAUGCUGAUGGGAAAUUGAACAGUAAACGCAGUUUGAUAUGUGGCCUAGGUGCUGGUGUGGCUGAAGCUGUUUUAGUGGUUUGUCCUAUGGAAACUAUCAAGGUGAAGUUUAUUCAUGACCAGUGCUCUCCGAAUCCAAAGUACAAAGGGUUUUUCCAUGGAGUCAGGGAGAUUAUUCGAGAUCAAGGCAUAAAAGGGACUUAUCAAGGUCUCACAGCUACAGUGCUUAAGCAAGGAUCCAACCAAGCAAUUCGCUUCUUUGUCAUGACCUCUCUUCGGAACUGGUACAGAGGUGACAAUCCUAACAGACCAAUGAACCCACUAAUAACAGGAGCAUUUGGAGCCAUUGCAGGAGCUGCAAGUGUCUUUGGUAACACUCCCUUAGAUGUUGUGAAGACCAGAUUGCAGGGUCUGGAAGCUCAUAAAUACAAAAGUACAUUGGACUGUGCCUAUAAGAUCCUCAAGUACGAGGGACCCAAAGCGUUUUACAAGGGGACUGUUCCUCGUCUUGGGCGUGUAUGUCUAGAUGUAGCCAUUGUCUUUAUCAUCUAUGAUGAAGUUGUGAAGGUUCUGAACAAGGUUUGGAAGACUGACUGAGGGCUGUCUAAGAUUUUGAUGGAAGAACCAAGUGGCCCACCAUUGCAGAGUCCAUCAGUGCCAAAGACUUCAGCUUUUACUUACCCCAUUCCCUGGAACUAAAACUCUCCAGUGCCUCCCAUUCCUGAAAAAAAUAUUCUCCAUCCUAUUUCCAUAACUACAGCAUAAUCUUCUGGUUGAAUCUCACUUGCAGCUUUAAAAAGAAAAGCCAUUAGAGCAUAUGUGAUUGUAUGCUGGUACAAGACUGAAAGGGUUAGCAAGCUUUCAUAUCAUUGUAUAGGAUUGUUUCCUUUUUUAUCAUUGUUUCAAUGUGUUUUAUUAUUUUUAAUCAUCCCUGUAAAAUGUGCCUCUACAGUCCUUUCACUACACAUUAUACUGCUCACCAAUGUUAUGGGUAUCAUUAAACAUUAGAUUUUCCUGCAGGGAGAAAUA